AUGAGUCAAGACCAACACGCACGCACGCACGCACACACACGUGAAUCUGUUACUUUAGAUCCUGGUGUAAUAAAAAAACGAAAUGAUUUGAUCACAUGGUAUUUUGAUGACAGUCUCAUCGCUGAAAUCACUGGAGAUCAGAGUAAGAUCUGUACAGAUGAUCAGUGUAAAGAGAGAUUCAGAGACAGACUGAAGCUGGAUCAUCAGACUGGAUCUCUGAUCAUCACAAACACCAGAAACACAGACUCUGGAGAAUAUAAACUACAGAUCAACAACAGCAGAUUCAGUGUCAUUAGGAGCUUCAGUCUUUCUGUCACUGCUGUUCCAGAUCCAGGUCCGUCUUCAGCUGCUAUAGCAGGAAUAAGUGUUGUAAGAGUAAUAUGUGCUGUUGCUGCUGUUGUUCUGCUGCUGGCUUCUGCUGCUGCUGUGAUUUACUGUCUCUACAGAUCAAAACAACAACGCAAGUAUUAUAUACAGCUGAUUGAGGAGGAUGUUACAGAACAAAUGUCCCCUAAUCAGAGAACUGUGACUCCACAGAGGGAUGAUGAUAAUGAAACUGAGACUGAACUGAUGGCUACUGAUAAUGGGACAUCUCCUAGUGAGACUUGA